CAUCGUGAUAGCACCGAAACAGAUGAGGAUUCAACUAUCCGGUGUAUCGGUGGUAGUCGUGGGCCACAGCAUCACCUCGAAUAUUAUUGCGUGAAUCAUCAUCAGAAUAUAUAUUUCAGCGAGAACCGAAAGCAAAGGGCCCUCCUAUGGAUUCCAAACGCAGCUCCUCCCCAAAAGCUAAAAGCAUUGACAGGGCUUCUGGCCAAAAGGAUGGGUUCCUCGUCUCGUGCUGGGGCCGGCUCAAGCUGAUGAAGCUCAUACCUUGGACUAAGAGAAAAACAUCGAGACCCGCCAGGAUGGGAGCCACUCCAGCCAUCCAGCAUCGGUACUCGGUUAAGCCAGCCACCUUGAUACCAGCAUCCCUCGACUGCAAGUCAAUAGCGGACUCCCUCUCAGUUGUGCAGCCAAGGCCGCUGGCGCCUGGCGGGUUUAAGUACGAUGCACUCAGCUACUCCCAGAACUUCGACGAGGGCAGCUGGCAGGACCAAGACCUUGAGGCCUUCCAGCGGGGGUUCUCUUCCCGUUAUGCUGCUCCUAACCUGGUCCGACCUCCUCCUCCUCUUCCUCCUCCUCCUCUGAGGUCACUGAUCGAUGAAUAAUCACAUUUACUGCCGUUAAGUUAAUGUAGAUGCGGGCUCAUUCGGUUGAAGUGUAUGUGGAAGAAGUAAAUGCAAAUGUAUACAUCAGUGAUAUCACUUAUUUACUCUAAUCUGCCUUCCAAUCGGCUAUUCAUAUACCAACUGUUGUCCUGUCUAUCUCUGACAGAGCAUCGCGCUAUCUCAUCUAGGGCGUUAUGUUGCCAAGUUCGCGUGAGGGUUAGAAGGAAGCUUAAUCACUGUUUAGGAAUGUUUAGGAGGUAAAAGUUUUGAUUUUGAAAUCACUUGUUUGACUAAUAAAUGCAAUGUUUAUGAAAGCAUGACGACAGUUGGUCGAAAUAAUUUCCUAGCAA